UUACGGAAAUGACUUUUGUUGAGAUAAAUAAUUGUUAAAUUAAUACCAACGUUGGCAUCGGUGGGUGCCCUGACAGGACGUUGACGUUCAAUACACGAUGUCAGAUCAACCUACCUGUCUUCAGAUAACAGAUUCGUUGGAAAGUUACCAUGUGGGAAGUUGUUUUGUUAAAGAAAUUUUCUGUGUAAAAAAUUGGACAUGUUAUGAUUUCUAAAGAAAAGUGGAUGUAUGCAUAAGCUGAGUUACAAUGGAGCACCCUUUUCUUGAUGAACUUUGCAACAAUGAUUUUAAGGAGAAGGAAGAUGAGAGUGUAAGUAAAAAACAACCCACGGACGUUGGCCCGUACUUAUGUAAAUUAUGUGGCAAGCACUUUGCUCACAAAGGAAACCUCAACAGACAUAUGAAACUGCAAGUAUGCGAUCGACCUUUCUCGUGUGAACGGUGUCGUAAGACUUUCGCCCAAGAAGAAAUGCUCUUUAAGCACAGAGAAAAACACACUCGAGAUAGGCCUUAUACUUGUGAGGUGUGUGGUAGGGGGUUUACCGAAAGAUCAAACUUGAGGACACACAUGAUGUAUCACACGGGAGAACGGCCUUUCUCUUGCGAAGUCUGCGGUAAAACUUUUGUUGGAAGAGGAAACCUAAAUAUCCACAUCAGGAAACACACAGGUGAGCGGCCGUAUUCAUGUGAAAUAUGUGGCAAGAGUUUUCCUCAAAAAGAGCAUCUCAACAAACACAUCAGAUGCCAUACAAGGGAACGGCCAUAUGUUUGCGAGUUGUGUGGAAAAACUUUCAUAGAACACGGACAUUUAACUACUCAUAGGAAGCACCACAAAGAGGAGCGACCGUUCAAGUGUGAAGUGUGUGGGAAGGGUUUUGUCGAGAGAUGUAACCUGAAACAGCAUCUGAGAAAACACACUGGGGAGCGACCUUAUUCGUGUGAGUUUUGUGAUAAAGAUUUUACGAGGAAAGGAAUUUUAAAUAUACAUCUGAGACUACACACCGGUGAGAGACCUUUCAUUUGUGACGUGUGUAACAGAGGUUUCACGCGUAAAGAUAAUCUGAAGCUGCACAAAAGACAGCAUACUGGUGAACUGCCAUUUGCAUGUGAUGCAUGUGGUAGAUGCUAUGCUGAAAAAGGAAAGCUUAAAACUCACAUGAGAAAACACACAGGUGAGCGACCAUUUGCCUGUAAAAUUUGUGGCAAAACCUUCACUGAAAAUGGAAAGCUCACAAGGCACAUGAGACAGCAUACUGGGGAACGGCCAUUUGAAUGCGGGGUUUGUGGUAUGAAAUUUAUCCAAAAAAAUCACCUCAAUAAACACAUGAGACGCCACAAUGGUGUGGGACCUGUUUCCAGAAGAAACGCUAAUACCAGCGGUAACAGCGAGCCGGAUACGUUGACAGGCAAAGUUGAAAUAAGUGAAAUUAUUUCUAUCCCAGAAGAGCUGGAAAACAUUUUCACUGACGGCAACAUUCCUGAUGUUGAUACAGAAUUGCACUGCCAGUCUGAUUUGUCUCUAGUGAAUUCUUUAUGUGAAAAUAAUGAACCUGAAGACUGCUUAUCAGAGAAUGCUUGUGGAACAAAUUUAAUGAGGCUUGUAGAUCCGUCAGAGAUAUCACGUGAGUUCAUUAAGAGAGAGUCUGAAGAUACAGAUAUCUCACUGGCUGAAGUGAAGGUAGAAGAAUCCUUAUUUUCUGACACACUUAUGAAUGUUUCAGUGUAAAUAUAAAUGACAAUUACUCAGGUGGUAAAUAUGAACUUGAUUAUUCUUAGACAUCAUAUUUCUUGAUGUGCAGAAGAGUAUUCUAUAAAGAUAUUAAAGUAAAUUUCAUUAUAGUAUUUUACAGAGGUGCAAUGUUUUUACUGUAUUUUAGAUUAUAGCAUAGGAACAAUCAUGUACUGUAUUCAGAAGGCGUAACAUGACUUAGUGUCAAAAUUACGUUCAUGAACAUUACUGUGUAUUACCUAGAGAAUUUUACAGUAAUUUCAAUGUUGCAAGAAAGACUUUAAUUUCAACUUAUUAAAUCUGGUUUAAUAUGUUUUAUGAAUUGAGAAGUUUCAGACUAUUAUUUAUCGAAAUUAAUUUGUAAUAUUUAUUAUAACUAAACUAAAGGGAGGCUGUGAAUUGCAGUAAAUUGACCACUAUACUUAUAAUGAUUCUGUACUGAAAGUAAUAAUGUAUUAAGUAAUGUUCCUCCUGUAACCUAUUGUAUCUUGCAGUAGGAACUUAAGUUAAAGAAUUUAUUUAUGUACAUACUUAAAAUAGAUUCUAUUUGUAUAUAUACACAGUAACUUAUGGUUAACUAAAUCCUUAUUUCUUCUUUGAGAAUACACACCUUCAUCCUAUGUAUAAUUCAGCAGAGAGUAUCUUUGUUUUGUAAA